AUGAUCUAUAAAAGAUGUGCACUCUUUUUUAUUGUUGUAUUUUUUGAAACCAUAAAUGCAUUACCUCAAUAUAUUUAUCGUCAUCAAACAAAUUCACCAAAAAAUAAUGAUCCUUCCUAUCAAGGACAGUCAGCUGGAUUAAACGGUCCAAGUGGUUCUAUUCCAGGCGUUGAAGCUGGUCCACACUAUAAUUCAUUUAUACCGAUUCAAAAUCGUCCAAAUGAAGGUGGUAUUUUACCGAUAAAUUAUAAUCCUAGCUCUAAUAUAAAUAAAAAUCAUAUAAAUCCAAAUCUACAACAACAAAACCAUAAAAACUAUUUGUAUAAUAACAACAAUGCUUGGCAAAGAAUAAAUACGAAUAGUUAUAAUAAUCAACCAUCCAAUCGUUAUCCACAGGGCAGUCAAGGAUGGUAUGCUACUGGUGGUAAUUUCUGGUAUAAUAAUGGACAAUUUAGAGCUGUACAUCCUUGUCUUUUGAUGAUAAGUAUUCUGAUUUUAAUUAUUUGUAAAUAA